CCUCCAGGAGCGCUCCGGGAGCAGCCGCUGCAUCCGGGCAGAGGGAGGAGGGACAGGCAGCCACUGCAGCAGGGCAGAGGAUGUUAUUUAACGUGGCUCCAGUCUCCUCCCCCUCGCCGGCUGGGCUGGGGGAAGGGGGGAGCGGGCUGUAGGGAAGGGAUAAGCGGCGGGGGGGUGAUGCCGGGAGCUGCCCGAGCCCCCCGAGCGGAGCCCGCCCGCCGCAGCCCCGGGGCCGCCGGUCCCAGAGGGGGCUGCGUCCCCUGGAAGCCUCCUGUGACCUCCUGAGGUGAAGCUCGGGCUCAAAGCCCCGGGAAGAGGCGGAGAAGGAUCUCUGCGGUGCUCCGGCAUCCCCGGGGCCCUCGGAGCGGGAGGGUUGGAAGAACGGAGGCUCCCGGCUCCAGCAUCCCGCCGUGGGAAAACUCCCCUGUUCCCGCAGGGGAUGUGCCCGGGCUCACGGACAAGCUGCUGCUGGGUUUAGACACCUCGGGAGGAGAAGAACCUCAUGACUUUGCUCAAACCAUGGGAGAAACCCUUGAAGGGGCCAAUCCUCAGUGCCUGGUGCUAAUUUGUGCCUGAAGCCACCAGACCUGCCCAGGACAAAUAAGAACCACCUGGGAGACGCAGAGACACUUAAUUUUCCCCAAUGAAAAUACUGAUGACACUCAGCUGAAAACGCGUGCUGAUCCUGCCCCUUGAAAAGAGGGAAAGGAGCAUCCUGGGAGUUCUGGGAGAGGCACCAUUGUCCCCUGGGGGUCUCCUCCUGCCCGCUGAGGAUCUGUGGGGCACAGGAGCUUCUCAGAGCUGCUGGGCUCUGCUCCAUGACUAACACAGAGGACGCUGAGAGAACUAUGGACUCCCCUCCGGUGACCUCCAGCCCUGCACCAGGGCCUGUUACCUUCUCACAAGUUUUUGGGCAGCAGUGCCAGCUCAUGGAAGCAGCCGUUGAGUCGCUGCAUUCCUUGAACGACCAGAUCUCCCAUUUUAUUGUCAACAAGUCAAAAACGCUGGAUGAGGAGGAAGAAGCCUUUUUGCCCAGUGAGAAGGAAUCUCUGAAAAGUGCCAUGAUGCUGAUGAGGCACCUCCUGAUGGAUGCACAGGCUGUUGCUGAGGUGGCCGUGCUAAUCACUGCAGAACGAGUAGCAGGGCAGUGCUAUUUCCCCAGCUGA